AUGCCUCCUCGACGUGCAUGCGAUGUAUGCUACAAGCGAAAGAUCCAAUGCUUGAUCAAGACCCAGGGCGAACCUUGUGACUGGUGCGAAAGCCAAGGACUAACUUGUACCUUUGAGAGAGUCAUUCAGAAAGACCCCAACAAGAGAACCACUUCCGAUGUUGUGCAGGAAUUGUCUCACCGCGUCGAGUCUCUUGAAGAAGCUCUCCAAACUGCAUUAAGCGCACCCGCCCGAAGCGCCUCUAUUUCUCUUUCAGACAGGCCAUUGGCUUUCCCCAGUCCACCCAGUCUUCGACUUGGAGGAGGAUCGCCAGUCACAACAACCAUUGCUCGUCAUCCUUCCGUGAUAAGUCCUUCUGACCUUCCAGUGAACAAUAUUGCUUUGAGCAAGCCAUGCUACAAAUUAUCGCCAUGCCAACUCGGCACGAAUUGGUAUUUUAAAGGUAUCGGUAUUUUAUCUGAGAGAGGAAGACAAUGGAUCACAUAUGGAUCCGGUGAGAGAGUCUUUCUCGAAAACUUUAACAUUUUUGCCAAUCCAAUUGGCGUUAUCCCGCCUUUGGACUGUUGGCCAAUUUCUGAUCAAACGCGAAUACUACCGCCGAAGGAAGCUGUCAGAUACAUUGUCGACGCGUUUUUCAAGUCCAAGACAUCAGUCUUUUUUCCCAUCUUGGAAAGAAGUCUGUUCCAGGACACCAUCGACAGAGCGUACGAUGAGGUUGAUCUUGGACGUCGUGCUCCAGCUGAAGCCUGUCUUUGGGCAAUUACUGCUCUUGUGAUGCGCACAACAGACCUUCAGCAAUUCGGUCUUGGGUUGGAAAUAAGAGACUGCCUUUAUGAGGCUACUCGCUUAUUGACACUCAACAAUGGCAACACCAAUUUGGACAGUUUACAGGGCACUCUACUUCUGUGGGCGUGUCAAAAGAUGCGAGGACGAUGUCGUGAAGCUUCGGUCACAUUUGCAAAUGCAUGCCGCAUGGUUUGUGAUCUUGGCGGCCAUUUCCCACUCUCACGACUUGCCAUUCUCCCUCAACACAGUCCCACAUUCGACCAUCAAACAAAACUGCAUAUUCGCAGACUGUUCUGGAUAUGCUACUGUUUCGACAAGGAUGUGUCACUCCGCACCGACAAACCACCUCUUCUCUCAUCCGACUACUGCGAUGUGAACGACUCCGAAGAGCCACCUUGGUUUAACCAAUCGAGAGACAUGAAUCUCGCCAAGAUCAAAGAGAAUGCUGUUCGCAUGCUUUGUUCACCGAGGGCGUUCAAGUAUACCGAAGGUGAACUUCUCGCGCGCGUUAGAGAGCUUGAUGACGAACUGGAAGAGUGGCGAGUGUCUGUGGAUCUUCGUUAUCGUCCUCGCCUAUCUAUCGUUUCAGACUUAUCCGCUUCCCUGUCUUCAAACAUGAGCCUGGAAGACCACACGUACCUCAUCAACCUGCAACUCGACUACCUCUUCACCAUAAUCAACAUCCAUACCCUGGUCCGCAAAUGUGGCGAUUUGGAAGAAAACCUUCCCGACGAUCUUCACAGCGUCGUGCACUCGAGCGCAGACCUCUCUAUCGAAGCAAGUCGCUCGAUAUUUCGUAUCCUCGACACAGUUGUUGACUUUUGGAAAGAGGAUGCGGUCUACAUCGUGUCGCACUUUGCGCCAAUGGCUGCGAUGCCGCUGUUCAUGAACAUUUUGAUCCAUCCGCUUGGUAAUACGGCGGAUAGUGAUUUGCAAAUCUUGUCGUCGAUAAGUAACAUCACGCGUAAAAUACCUGCAGAGAAUUUGCCGAUGGAGGAAAUUGAGGGAAUCAGAGAGAUUAGUGAAUUUGUCAUGGAGCUUGUCAGAUUGAGUCACAGCGCAGCAUGGAAGGUCAAACGGGGCGAGAGAGAGCAUGACCUUGAUAUUAUCCAUAGUUGA